AUGUCGCUCGCGCCUCUCCGAACGCUUCGUCCAGUAGUCGCACGGGUAACAUGGGCGUCUCUAAUCGUCGCUCUGCUCGCACACGCCGCAUCCGUUGAAGGAUCGGCUGAUGCGGAGGCAGGCAGUGGAGGAAUGGGUGCGAGCGGGAUCGAGACGGGAAGCAGCAACGUGUGGGUGGUGCUGGUGGGAUCGUCGCGAAACUGGCUGAACUAUCGAGACAACGCCAACACCCUCGCACUCUACAGGAGUGUGCGCGAUUUGGGCGUCUCAGACGAGCGAAUCAUCCUGAUGCUGGCAGACAACAUGCCCUGCAACCCCCGCAACCCCCACCCCGGCCGGGUCUUCCACAGCCCCGACCACCGCCUGAACCUCUACGGGGAGCACGUGGAGGUGGACUACCGCGGGGCUGAGGUGACAGUCGAUGCGUUCCUGCGCCUGCUCACCGGGCGGCACGAUUCGUCUGUUCCGCGUAGCAAGCGGCUUCUCUCGGACGGCAGCAGCCGCAUCCUCAUCUACCUCACGGGCCACGGGGGAGACAAGUUCCUCAAAUUCCGUGAUAAGGAGGAGCUUCAGGCUCAGGAUUUGGCCGACGCCUUUCACCACAUGCACCAGCAGCACAGGUACCAUUCAAUCCUUCUCAUGAUCGACACAUGCCAGGCGCAAACUCUCUACUCCGAGAUCUACUCCCCCGGCAUUGUCUCUGUCGCCAGCAGUGCCAAGGGCGAGAUGUCCUACUCCUACCUACCUGACCUCGAUCUGGGAGUCACAGUGGUGGAUCUCUUCACAUACCACACGCUGCAGUUUCUGCAUCAAAUCAAUGCUCGCUCCAACGUCUCUCUCGCCAGUCUCUUUGAGUCGUACGAUCCACGGUUCCUCAUGUCCACUCCGGGCUACCGCAGCGUCAACUUCCCCUCGCCUCUCCACCAGGUGCCAGUCACUGACUAUGUCGCCUCAGUCAUGCCUGUCCAGAUAACACCUGCCCCGUACCCUCUCUCUUCCACCAACAUACCCCCGACCGAAGCGAUCAAGGCAGAGAGUGUAGGAGGAGCAGAAAGCUGUGCAGCAGAGGGAGGAGGUGAUGGAAGGGGUGGUGUGAGGGAGGGGAACGGUGGGGCAGAGGAAGCAAGGCGUGGGAAGGGCUUGGAGAGGGGAAUGGACUGGACGCUGGACAGUGAGUCUUUUUCUGAGUCGACUAAAAAAAAGGACUGGACGCUGGACAAUGCUGUGAUGUGGUUUGGGGACCGUAAGCAUGAAGAGGUGUUUGCGAGUCAUUCCCAAGUGGGCGGGUGGGCACUGAUGGGAUUAUCAGUUCUGACCCUUGUUGGAGCUGUGUGGGGCCCAUGGCGUAAUAUGGGCAUGGCAUGA